UCGUCCUCAGCGUGAACUGAGGUUUAAUAUAUCGUCUGCUGUCUCUUUAGCAUUCAAAACAAAAAUGGCUGCCAGAGGGACACUUCGCUAUAUUAUACGUCUGACGACAAGACCACGUGUUGCCAGAUUUUCUUCGUUUCCUACGCCUACAACUAAAUUAUUUAUCAACAAUGAAUUUCUGGAGUCAAGAACCAACCAGUGGAUUGAUUUACGCAAUCCAGCAACAAACAAGGUUAUAUCCAAAGUACCAGAAAGUACAACUGCAGAAAUGGAAGCAGCAGUUGCUGCAGCUAAAGAAGCUUUUCCCGCUUGGUCCAGAUCAACAAUUUUAUCAAGACAGCAGAUUAUGUUCAGACUUCACGAGCUAAUCAGUAAAAAUCUGGCACGUUUGACAGAAGUUGUAAUCCAAGAAUCAGGAAAGACAAGAAGUGAUGCAGAACGAGAGAGUCUUCGAUGUCUUGAGAUAGUGAAACAUUGCUGCAGUAUUCCAUCUUUACAUCUGGGCGAGUCAUUUCAAAAUAUAUCUCAAGAUAUGGACAUAUUCACGUUCAGACUGCCGCUAGGUGUCACUGCCGGGAUCACACCUUUCAACUUUCCUGCGUUGAUACCUCUUAUGAUAUUUGCUCUGUCCACUGUAUGCGGAAACACGUUUGUACUGAAGACGUCAUCUUAUGAUCCCGGGGCUGUGAUGAUCUUGGUAGAACUGUGUAGAGAAUCUGGGUUUCCGCCUGGUGUUGUCAAUGUUAUACAUGGACGCAAAGAACCGGUCACUUUUCUAUGUGAUCAUCCUGACAUUAAGGCUAUCUCUUUCGUCGGCUCGGACCAGGCGGGUAACUAUAUCUACGAGAGGGCGUGUAAAAAUGGAAAACGCGCGCAGUGCAAUCUUGGCGCCAAGAACUACGUAGUUGUCAUGCCAGACGCCAACAAAGAAAGAACUUUGUCCAGUUUGCUUUCAGGUGCUUAUGGCGGCGCUGGUCAGAGGUGUAUGUCCGUGUCCACAGCAAUAUUUGUUGGCGAGUCUAAAGAAUGGAUUUCAGAGCUUGUCGAGAAGGCGAAACAAUUCAAAGUCAAUGGCGGCACUGACCCUGAAGCAGACAUUGGUCCACUGAUUUCACCUGAAGCUAAGAAGCGAGUCUGUGGUCUCCUUCAGUCUGGUGUUGAUGCAGGAGCCAAGUUGCUGCUUGAUGGCCGUCACAUAAAAGUGAAAGGUUAUGAAAAGGGAAACUUUGUGGGACCAACCAUCUUAAGUCACGUACAUCCCAAAAUGGAAUGUUACACUGCUGAAAUAUUUGGUCCGGUAUUAACCGUACUAGAAGUGGAUACAUUAGAUGACGCCAUCAACAUUGUCAGAACUAACCCUUAUGGGAAUUCAACCGCCAUCUUCACAACAAAUGGAGCUUCAGCGCGGAAGUAUACAAUGGAAUGUGAUGUGGGUCAGGUCGGUGUCAAUGUUGCUGUUCCUUUUCCAAAUCCAACUUUUUCAUUUACUGGGUCACGUGGAUCUUUCAAAGGCGAUCUCCACUUUAAGGGAAAGCAGGGUCUCCAAUUUUGUACUCAGACGAAAACAGUGAUUCAAAUGUGGCGUGCAGAACACUCAGUGUCAGCUCAACCUGCUACAUCUAUGCCUGUACAUCAGUAACAAAAGACCCGUUCCUAUUCACAUUCAAUUCAAACUGUUUAAGAUUCAUCUUUCCAUAACUUGUUUUACAACCUCAUUAAUUCAAUCUUAAGACUUCGUCUAUAAGAAAGAAGAUGUACAAAACACAAUACACACGCCAGCUCUGUGAUUUAUAGCUAUAUCGCUACUAUUUUAAGUUCCUCUUGGGAAAGGUGGUGUUGGGGCCCCUGGCUACUGUUUUGUAUAUCUAAUCGUUAGCAGAGGAAUCUGAUAAAAGGGAUCAUACUUAAUCAGGAUAAAAAUAUUUAAAAUGUGUGUCUUUCCUUAGAGUAUAAGAGAGGAAAAGGGGAGGGAAAUGGUGUCAAGUGUCAUUAACGAGUGUCUAGACACAAGUGACCAAUCUUUCGACACCUUGUGUGAAUAGUUAAUGACAAAGUCAAUACUGGGAGAAAAUAUUUUUCUGUUCAACAAUAGAAACAAUAUAAAGGCUUUAAAAAAAACUUUCAA